AUUCCAUUGCUUCUCAGCAACAUCUCCUCUUUGAACUGAACUCUUUUCACCAAGAAUCCCGACGGUCACACGACCGCGCAAUCAAGCUGAAGCGACUGCUCUCAUCCGCGUCGCGUCCCCAGAUCUCCGGGGUACAACGAUGUAGUCCUCAUCUGGUGCUGACAGCCGGACCGUCGACGAGGAGGUUCUAUGCUCAGCUCGUAAAUUCUGGAGAGCUGGGGCUCAGUGAGGAUCGAGUGAAACACGCGUAUCUGAGCGCUAGACCGACUGCGUGGUCGAACGCGACGAACGACUCCGUUCCGAAAACGAACGACGCUCUACCAUUUCCUAUUGAAGAACUACACCAGGUGGACGCCAGUACAUCAAAUCACAAACUCAAGAAGGAACAUCGUGUUCACAAGAGAAAGGAAGAGGAUUCCAUCCUGACAAUACUCGACGACGUGAACACCUCCAACCAGCAACUAGCUACGCUCAUGCGACAUUCCGCUCCCAGCAGGCACCGGCACGACUGGCGACAGCGUGCCUACUCGCGCUUAUUCGCCCAUCACGAGAAACGCGUCAUCAAGUCCAUAGAAUCCAACUCAAAAGAGAAAGGCAAAUCAAAAUACAAGGAGAUCGCGUCUGCCAUAGCGGUGUUCUCUCCACCCCCGCGAGUGAAACGUCUCGGCCCUCCCAUCCCCCACACAUCCGCAACCCAGCCACUAGGCCCGGAAAUAGAAGUCUACAAAACCAAGUUCGACGAGCUGCUCAAGUACGAAGAGGCGACGUGUGCGGACUCGUUCAAGGAACGGCUGGAGAUGUGGGAUUUAGAUAAGCUCAAGGAGGAGGGCUAUGUCCUUGUUGGCUUGAGGGGGUUUUGGAGGGCAUACAAGAAAGCGGGGAAGCCAAUCGCAGUGUUCUCGCGUGUGGAGGGGGAUAUUGGCUGGAAUCGCUUCGAUGCGGGAUCAGUGGUCACGGUAUGUCGCCGUCACCCCCUGUACGAGGAAACGAUCCCCGGCACGGUUGUGCAAAAAACUACCUCGGCGAUCCACGUCGCUUUCAACGACAAGACGCUGUUCGACGACCAAGAGACGCUGCUGGAAGAAGGCGUAUGGAGACUCGAUUUCGGAUCAAAUAAUAUCAACUUUGCACGUAUGCGAGCAGCGAUCGAAGCCUUGGCGCACAAUCCUGCCGAACACGAGUUUGCGGCUCAGGGAGGGGACAGCGAGUAUAUCCUACGGGGGACGUUUGUCAGAGACGCACUUUUGCGCUCGUUCAAGCCCCUUGCAGGGAUGGAGACACCCCGGGCAGUGGAAACGGAGAUCUCUGGGCGACCGGUACCGGAGAGACUUGCCGAAUCAGCAAUGGCGGAGCUGCCCGCUGAACCACGGGCGGGCGAAGUGCAUCCUAUAUUGUCAGCCUUCGACCCGCUCCCAAAUCGCCCGCCAUCAGGUGCCUUCACCCACGACCAGCUGAUCCAAUCCUGGGCCCGGCGGUACCGCCGACCCAACCCCAUCGUAGUUGAAGGCGACCCCGUGCUAGAUCUCAACGAGACUCAAACGCGGGCCGUGGCGCUCAUGCUCUCCAAACGGCUGUCACUCGUCCAGGGCCCGCCUGGGACAGGAAAGACGAAGACGAUCAUUGAGGCUGCACGCUUGCUCAAGCUGCAUUUCGAAGUGCCCCAGCCUUUGCUGGUGGCGACGUACACCAACGUCGCUGUGGAUAACCUCGUUGCCGGACUUGCUGCUGCUGGGCUCAGGCCGCUCCGUGUUGGUGGGGAGGAAUAUAGCCAGCAACCCAAGCUCGAUAAACACAGGUUGGAAGUAAAGAUCGCUGCUCACCCACUGCAAAAAGAGGUCGAAAAGCUGGAGAAGGCGAUUGAUAAGCUUUCUGACAGACGACGGGAGGCGAUCGACGCUGCGAAGCCGAGCAAGAAUGAGGAGCGUAUCGAACGGGCUAAGAAUACGCAUAAGGAACAUCUGCUGAGGCUCAAGAUGAAGAAGUUUGCUAUAAGGAAUGCGAUGAUACAUGAUAUUGUCAGCAAGGCGGACGUGGUGUGCACUACUUGCUUGACGAGCGCAAAUACGGCUCUUAAUGUUAUCGACUUUCCUGUGGUGUUUCUUGAUGAGGCGAGCAUGUCUACCGAGCCUGCAUCGCUGAUCCCACUAAUGAAAGGCUCUAGACAUGUCGCGCUCAUCGGGGACCACAAACAGCUUCCACCAAUCAUCACCAGUGCCGAGGCCCAAGCUGGUGGGUUGAGCAAAUCCCUCUUUGAGCGCCUGACAGAGGAAGGCGACACCCCCUCAAUAAUGCUCGACAUGCAGUACCGCAUGCACCCCUCUAUCUCCCGCUUCCCGUCCGCACAGUUCUACAACAAAACUCUGCGAGACGGUACCGUUGACCAUGCUGGCAAAGUCCGGCCUUCACUCGCCCCUCCAAAGUCUACUCUGUUAGACGACGAGUCGGUCAGCGAGCUCCAAACGGAGAAAGAACGCCUCUCGGUUGUGUUCGUCGAUCAUGCCGGGUCGGAAGCAAAGAAAGACCGGAGCAGGAUCAAUGCUGGCGAGGCGCAGAUGGUGUGCUCUAUUGUCGAGGAACUGCUGUACUGCAACCCCAGCAUGACAGGGGACGACAUUGGCAUCAUCGCUCCCUACGUGGCGCAGAUCCGGCUCCUGGACCGGUUGCUCAAGCACGACCAAGAACAAGCGGAGCGGUUCAAGAGCACGCUAGGCGAGCAUCGGGGACUGCAGAUGUCAAAUAUCGAGGUCAAGACCGUGGACGGGUUUGAGGGAAGAGAGAAAGAAGUCAUCAUCUUCUCAACAGUGAGGAACAACCCCCAAGGCGCGAUCGGUUUCCUUGCCGAUGGGAGAAGGCUCAACGUCGGCCUAACUCGGGCGAGGCGUGCUCUUUUCGUAUUGGGGAACGCGGGGACGCUGAAGGACGGGCAUGGGGGAUUCAGAGGAACGGGAGGGGUGGUCCUCGCUGGAGGAGGGGAGAGGGUGUGGAAGAGGUAUAUGGAAUGGUUGGAGAAGGAACAGUUGAUUCGCCGGUGGGCAGGUGGGAGGUUCUUACCCCUUGCAGUGGGUAAGACGGCGCAAUGA